UAGUUCUGUUAGAAUAGUUAGUUAAACUUUGAGCUGUGCUUUUGACGUUUCUUUUAACUUUUGAGACAAAGCUAGGGUUAAUUAGUUAUGUUAAUAAGAUUUUAUACUUUGCUUUUGACGUUUUGUUAUACGGUUGUUUAGUUAGUUAUUAUGGUUUGGUAUCGUUUUGUUUAAAUCCGAGGUUUGAUUCUCAUUUUGUCUUUUUGUUAUUAUUUUCCGACAAUAGGGAACUGUCAUUCAAGGGUUCAUCCCUCCAGGACGUAUUAAGAAAUACUUGCCUGAGAUGAAGCGAGGUUCGGUUUACGAACUCAUCAACUUUUACGGAUCGAAGAACAAACCGAUGUAUCGGGUUGCUGAUCAUAUCGCAACCGUGUCCUUCUCAUGGAACUCUGAGUUCUCGGUUCUUCACGACAUUUCAAUCCCUUUUGAUGAAGACCGUUUCAGGAUGCAUUCGUAUGAGGAUUUUGAGGCCAACUGUGAUCUCAAAGGUGACCUCUACGAUGUUCUUGGCCACAUGAAGCUGGUCGAUGGACAGAGUCUUACCGAGCGUCCCACCAUUGAUGAAGCGAAGAUCGCUACCACUCGGCACAUCAUGGUUCAUGUGCAAUCAUAUGAAGGACCUGUCAUGAAGCUCUACCUCUGGGACCAGGCUGCAACGGACUUCUGCAAGAAGUUUAAGUCCUAUGAAAACACUCCCACAGUACUUUUGGUCACAGCCGUUAACACUAAACGUCUUGGAGGUACACUGGCACUGAGCUCUAUGUCUCCCACACGGGUUUUCAUGGACUAUGAUGUCCAACCAACCAUUGAUUACUUCACCUGGCUCUCCUCAAACCCAGAGAUUGCUAAGCAAGUUAGUGCAGAUGUGGUCACUAAGCGGGAGAUGAUGACUAUAUCAGACAUAUUCUCUUACAUGACUCUGGAAUCUGCAAAGGAUGCCUUUUUUGAGUGCACUGCUACGAUUGAUGAUGUGGUUCAUGGAUCUGCUUGGUACUAUAUUGCAUGCACUGGCUGCCAUAGUAAGGCUACCAAAAGCGCAAACUCACUGAUUUGCACGAAUCCAAGAUGUGUGAAGGAUACAACAGCUGGAGUUGCACAGUACCGUGCAAAGAUCUCUGUCUAUGAUAGCAGUGAACAAGGUUUUUUUGUCUUGCUUGGUGAUGCUGGUUUUCAAUUGACUGGAAGGCACGCAUCUGAGUUGGUUAGCAACUACUUUGAGGCCAAUAAAGACAAAGGCCCUGACCAUGAGGUGCCUGUCCCGGAAGCUUUGAUGAGCAUAAUCGGACAGACCCAUAAGUUCUGUGUGAAAGUUACAGAUCACAACUUCUCUGGCAACACCCGGGCUAUCACUGUCACCAAGAUCCUCCCUCUAGACACACCGUCACCCACAGAAGCUUCUCUUGAAAACGCCAUUCCUGCAACGUCCAAGGAAGCAGUGCAGAGUGGAAGUGACGUGUGUGAGCCUUUAGACAGCCGUGGAGGUUCUGCAGGGGAAGAGAGUAAGAGAACAUUUGACAGUGUUGAUCCAGAGAAAGUCAAACGGGCAAGAUGUGAGAAAUGAUGAUUCAGUUCGAUGAUGCUUAGGUCUUUGCAUUGAACUUCAAGUAUCAUGUUGGUUUUUGAAAGUUUGCUUCAGUUUAAGUACUAUUUUGGUUUUCAACAAGACUUUGCUUUGUUUCAUUUCAUUUCAGACUUUGGCUUUUAAUCAUUCCUAUAUAGUUUUCCCAGUUCAAUUGUUUCCAUGUUUUGAAUUCGAUUAUAAGAACCAACAGAUUUUGCCUCAUAUCUAUCUCCCUCGAGUUGAUUAUUUCCAUAUCCCAUAUGCAAUUUGAACUCCUCUUAACCAUCACACACGCACAUCACACAUUAGGAAAAUCUUAGACUAUAUUCCAUUUUCGUAACUUCUUAAAAUCCCAAAUUCCACAUGAUCCCGUAUUUAUGUUUAAAUCUCAUCUAAAUAGGAAAGUAAAAAUUCAUUCAUCCAGUAAUUAUAAUCUUUGACUGUAAUCUUUCAAAGGGAAAGAAAAAAGGAAAAGAAAAUCAAACUUUCCCAAAAACGUCUCUUCUCUUGCGUUAUGAAUAAGAAGACUUGAGAAAGACCAACAACUCAUCUGUUUCUUCUACACUUCCAAGCAACAUUUGUCUGGAAUAAGUUGGUUGUGCGGAUCUCUGUUUCAGCGGAAUGGAUAGCCUCCCCAAUAACCAGCCCAUUGAAGUUACAGGUAAAUACCUAAUCUUCUGCAUAUUUCACUCGGGAAAAAUAAAAUUAGAAGCAUCCAGUAGCGUUUAUUAUCUUUUAGGUUAUAAUAAUUAUUUUGUAGCCAAGGAGUAUGAAUAUUCAAACCAUAUAAACCAUAGAUUGGUUUUGGUGGCAAUUCUAAUCAUUCACCAAAGAAAGUUGCAAAGAUACAUUAUAAUUGAAAAUCUUUCAUAUAAGAACUACUGAUAAACGUUACAUAAUUUAUAUUAUUUAAGUUUUAUGCACGGUUUUGGAAGACUAAAUAACACCAUGUCAUUCUUAUAAUUAUUUACGUUUUCAUUACGUUAGAAUUAUACCUUAUGAAUAUAAGGGACAAU